AUGGAGGUGCCAGCUGAAGGGGAGGAAGUGAAUCCCCCUUCAGUUGGCGACAGUUCGGAUUCAUCAGAAGUGCUACUGGUGGAGAGACGCGAAAACAACCCUCGAAGCAGUGUGGGGCCCACAGCAGCCAGAGCCCCUCCAGAUAUUAGGUUCGAAAUGCAACCUGCUGUAUUUGACGCGUGGCUGACGUUGCAAAGGUCACCAGCCAUGCAGACGGCCAAAGCUCCAAUUUUUGACAUUUUGUCACCUUCGGGGAGGAAAAUGGACCAUUUGUUCAAGGCGCCAAGCCUGGGAAUGGUGCCAGCUGUUGUUUUGCCUCUAGACACGGGAAAUGCUAUGCCAGUUUCAGGUCUUGCCGCUAAGUUGGCAGCCAACAGACUACGGCACACUCAGCUGGUCAAAACUGAUGACCACAUUCUCUGGGAGGCCAUGAAGAAGCCCAAGACCAUUUUGCUGAGCGAUCCAGCAGCGACGAAGUUGGGGCGAUCACUGGUCUCAGGUUUCAGCCUCUUGUCGGAUGAGGCAGAUUGGUCUAGAUCUCUGGGCGAUGCCUUUACUGGAAAAGCUGUGGUGACCCUGGCAAAGAGAUCAUCUGCAUUGUGGCGUUUCCACAACUGGUGCGUUGACAAUGGUUUGGGCCCAGCAGUGAGUGCGUUUGGAGACUCCAUCAAGCUGGCUUCGUUGAGUGUCAACAGUCACAACGGUUUGCAGAUAGUGGAAGCAGAGUCCAUGUCAUACAAGACAACAAUGUCAGGUGGGCCAGCGGGGAACAACUGA